GCGCGCCGGCCCUCCAUGCUCGGAGCCGACUCGGGGCCGAAUAUCACCCCGAGUGGCACAGCCAGGGACCCGCUGAGCGAGGGCCCGGGGCGAACCGCAAAUGCGCGCAGGCAGGCCCGGACGGGGUCCGCGGCCCCCAGAGGAGCUCCCACUAGCGGGGUGGGCUCCGGCUCGGCCCGGCUGCUCCGUUUGCCGGAAGCAGAGCCCAGGCCAGGCCCGAGGUCGCAAGUGAGGUCUGGGAGGGGACCCGGACAUAGGUUUUCUGGUGAAAAGCUGUGCGCUCAGGCCUGUCGCAGACACCCGCUGCCAAGAAGCCAGCCUGCCGAACAGUUGGCUGGAGGGGCCGCCUUCCCACCCUCCUCCUUCAGCGUCACAGCCAGCUUUCCCGCAAAAUGGGGCAAAAAAAGCAGCGGCUAUUGGAGGCAGAGCAGUGUCACAGCCCACCGGAUGGAGCCCAGGCGCCCUCCCACAAGGAGCCUCUCUGGGGGCCAUGUGCCACCCUGUGCCCACAGCGCAGCAUCUAUUUCUCAAGCCCAAAGGGCCCCUCUGCACAGCUGGGAUCAGAGUUUUUCGACCAGCCUGCAGUCUGCCUGGCCCGGGCUCUUCUGGGACAGGUCUUGGUCCGGCGGCUUGACAAUGGCACAGAGCUCCGUGGCCGCAUUGUGGAGACUGAGGCAUACUUGGGGCCAGAGGAUGAAGCUGCCCACUCGAGGGGUGGUCGGGAGACCACCCGCAACCGUGCCAUGUUCAUGAGGCCAGGGACUCUGUACGUGUACAUCAUCUACGGCAUGUACUUCUGCAUGAAUAUCUCUAGCCAAGGGGAGGGCGCGUGUGUCCUGCUGCGAGCCCUGGAGCCCCUGGGGGGCCUGGAGACCAUGCGGCAGCUUCGCAGCACCCUCCGCAAAGGCCCUGCCAGCCGAGCCCUCAAAGACCGUGAGCUCUGCAGUGGUCCCUCCAAGCUGUGCCAGGCCCUGGCCAUCGACAAGAGCUUCGACCAGCGGGACCUGGCCAAAGAUGAGGCAGUGUGGCUGGAACAGGGCCCCCCGGGGGCCCCUGAGCCUGCUGUGGUAGCAGCAGCCCGAGUGGGCAUUGGCCAUGCAGGAGAGUGGGCCCAGAAGCCGCUGCGCUUCUAUGUCCAAGGCAGCCCCUGGGUCAGCGUGGUAGACAGAGCAGCCAAGCAGGCUGCACAGGCUGAAGCAGGGGCCUGCUCGGACAAGACCUUUUAAUUGUUUAAAAAUCAAAUAAAUGCCUUACUUCUAGAAAA